AUGAAUAUCAAUAAUGCGACAAAAUUACUUUUAAUUACCUCAAAAUUGAUAACAAGUAAGGAUAUAUUAUACGUAACUCCGGAUGAUCAGAUCGGAACAAUGUCACAACUACAUGGAAGGCAAAUAAUUCCUAUUUUAUCAGUAGUUAUUUGUAAUUUCUUUAAAAACAACAAAAAUAUUACUGAAGACUUCCUUGAAAGUAUUAUUUUGAUUGUAUGUAACCUUGCUUGUACAAAAGAAACCAAUGAUGACCUCAAUUUUUACUUAUUAACUUCAAGUUAUAAUAUUAUUCGUUUUAUUCAUUCAGAAUUCCCUGGAAAAUAUCCUAGUCUACUUGCCAUGUUGUAUUCUGCAGCUCAAACUACAUUAUCUAAGUUCCUUUCCUACUUUAAUAACUCGAUACAAAGAGUUGCCCAUGAUUGUAAGCUUUUGAUAACCCAAAUAGAAGUUUUCCAAGAGCAGUUGAUAAUGAGUGGCUACGGACAGAAUUUCUUUCAGUCAAUUAUGCAGAUAAUGUUGCAAAUUGUUGAUUUCAGAGUAGUAAGUAAAUGGAUCUUCGAUUUGGACACAAAUAACAUAAAUAUGGGACCUCUCAUCAACGAAUUCAAGGAAUAUAACUUUCCUUUGUUGCAUUCUUUACUUUAUAUCUUUGCUUUCGGAGAAAACAUCGUAAACAAGAGGAAAUUCUAUGAAUACGUCGUUCCUGAGAUGCAAGGUGAGUGGUUUAUGUACGCAAUGUUCAGAUUGAUCAAUUGUCAAAAAAUUUUAGUUGAACCUGAUAGAGUUUUAGCAGUUUUGCAGAGUAAAAUUGUUCCUAGUUUCCCUGAUAUCGAAGGUUGGGCCUUUGAUAACAAGGAAAUGCGUUUAGACGAAGUUAAAGCGAUAAUUCUUCCUGAAUUACCUGCUGAUUAUAAUAUUUAG